CGGAGGACGGGAGGCCUCGCGGUUUGUUUGGGUUGUGGGCGGUGCGCGCACAGCCUGGGAAAAGCGGGAAAUGGCGGCGCCGAGCGCGCGUCCCCGGUCCGCCCUCCAGCAAAAGGGGCUGAUGACCGCUGAUAGGGGGCGCAGGAUAUUGGGAGUGUAUGGCAUGCAUCCUGACCAUCAGGAAGCUCUAAAAAAGAACCGAGUGGUGCUGGCCAAACAGCUGUUGCUGAGCGAACUGUUAGAACAUCUCCUGGAGAAGGACAUUAUCACCUUGGAAAUGAGGGAGCACAUUCAGGCCAAGGUGUGCAGUUUCAGCCAGAAUGUGGAACUCCUCAACUUGCUGCCCAAGAGGGGCCCCCAGGCUUUUGAUGCCUUCUGUGUGGCCCUGAGGGAGACCAAGCAGGGUCACCUGGAGGACCUGUUGCUCACGACCCUGGCUGGUCUUCAGCACAUACUCCCACCGUUGAGCUGCGACUACAACUUGAGUCUCCCUUUCCCGGUGUGUGAGUCCUGUCCCUGCCGCAAGCAGCGCCGCCUGUCUCCAGAUACCGUGGAACACUCCCUAGACCAUGGAGAUGGUCCUCCCGGCCUUCAGGUGAAGUCUUGCACUCCUGAGUUUUAUCAAACGCACUACCAGCUGGCCUAUAGGUUGCAGUCUCGGCCUCGUGGCCUGGCACUGGUGCUGAGCAACGUGCACUUCACUGGAGAGAAGGACCUGGAAUUCCGCUCUGGAGGGGAUGUGGACCACAGCACUCUAGUCACCCUUUUCAAGCUCUUGGGCUACAAAGUUCAUGUUCUUCUUGACCAGACUGCACAGGAAAUGCAAGAGAAGCUCCGGAAUUUUGCCCAGCUACCCGCUCACCGUGUCACGGACUCCUGCAUAGUGGCGCUCCUCUCGCACGGUGUGGAGGGCGGUGUCUAUGGCGUGGAUGGCACGCUGCUUCAGCUACAAGAGGUUUUUCGGCUCUUUGACAAUGCCAACUGCCCGAGCCUACAGAACAAACCGAAAAUGUUCUUCAUCCAGGCCUGCCGUGGAGAUGAAACAGAUCGUGGGGUCGACCAGCAAGACGGGAAGAACCAUGAGAGGUCCCCCGAGUGCGAGGAGAGCGAUGCCAGUAAAGAGGAGGGGCUGAAGAUGCGACUACCCACUCGCUCGGACAUGAUUUGUGGCUACGCCUGCCUCAGAGGGACCGCUGCCAUGCGCAACACCAAGCGGGGCUCCUGGUACGUGGAGGCCCUUGCUCAGGUGUUCUCUGAGAGGGCCUGUGACAAGCAUGUGGCCGACAUGCUCGUGGAGGUGAAUGCGCUCAUCAAGGAGCGUGAAGGCUACGCCCCGGGCACGGAGUUCCACCGAUGCAAGGAGAUGUCCGAGCCAAGCGGGACAGGAGUCACUCUCUGCUGCUGUGCGUGGGCCCUUACCUGUGCAUUCAUUCCCUUCGGUUCCAGAAUGUCGCCCCCUGGAAGGACCGUCUUCUCAACUCCACUCUUGGCUCCUUGGGGCUCAGGGAAUCCAGCGUUCAGUGGAGUAUUGGCUCCUGAAGAUGGAAGGCACACGUAGGACAGCUUCUUCCGCACCUCCCGCGGCGCCGGGCACCGCGCUCAGCCUCUCGUGCUUCAGGUGCUCAGUGGAUACUUGUCCUGUAGGGGUUCGGGGACUCGUUGCCAAGCCCUGCCCUUGGCUCAGUAUCGUAUGGAAGUAUUUGGGUGACAGAACCUUUCCUCUUCCCACUGCCAGGAUUUUGUAUUGCCAUCUGGUGCCAAAUAAACACUCAUAUUUAUUA